AUGACUUCUACUACGGUCCCUGAGUUUAAGACGACGAACAAUGCGGCCUAUGAUCGGCAUGAAGACGGGAGUGUGCCAAAUGUCACCUGCCUAUUUCCUAGGUCUGACUCUGGAUAUGGCUCAAUAGACGACUCACCACACCACCCUAAAGCCGAUUAUGUUUCGCAUCUUGACGGGGCUGGAUCUCGCCAUAGCCCAGGGCUGUCAGCUGGGAGAGCGAAGAAAGCAGCAUUACCACGUCUUGCCAGAUCGAACCAGAGCCCAUGCUCAACUCCGGCGCGUUAUUGUCCAUUCCUUGCCUGGAGCCCACAGCAGCUGAGCCCGUUGCCUGAUUGUAAAGAUGGCGCCAAGAAGUCGCUCUCUCAGCAGAAAUGUGUCACUGGAGGUCCACGUACUCCAGACAGAUUUGUCCCCCGACGGGAUGGGGACGAGUCUAGCCGGCAGGUGUAUCAGACGACAAAGCCUCUUCAGGAUCUCUCACCAGCCGAGAAACUAUUAAGAAGAAAAGGGGUCUCCUUGGCUCAAUUCUCCGCACCCCAACGUCCUCCAGCGCGUGCCUCAGAUGAAGCCCACAUGGCACUGGUUAGCCACCCACUCAGUCAAGGUGGGGGUGCGUUGUCAAACAUCCGUUCGGAAAUCAGGCAGCCCAGCCAAGGCAAUGUAUGGAGAGUAGGCGGCCUGGCUCCUGCAACGCCUGAGAUGGACCGCAGCCGCCGCCGUCCACUCUCAAGCAGCACAACUGCUCGUCUCUUUACCAUGUCUGUGGCUACGGCGAAACCUAGUCGCCGCGAUGACUCUCGUUUUUACCAUGGUCGCGUUGCGUCUGCACUGAGAAUUGACCGCAUCCGCCGCGUACUGGAGUUUACUCGUGGGGGGUCGAUGAUCCCUGACUUCCCGACUCGGACGAUGCCGCUCUUAGUCCUUGAUGCACCGGACCUGCGUGAUGAUUUCUACUGUUCUGUUCUGGCGUACUCGCCAAACUGCCAAAAGCUUGCGGUUGGCCUAGGGAAUAUCCUAUACAUCUGGUCUAAGGGGUCAGGACCUCGAGCUAUCCAUGGAUCUGCUGCGUCUCAUGUAUGGCUUACAUCCGUUUCCUUUUCGUCAGUGGAAGGGGGAAAGUGCAUUCUGGCUAUAGGACGAUCGGACGGAACCUUGGUGCUCAAGUCCACCUAUGACGCGCUUCCUCGCUUCCAGGUGCAACAGCCCUUCCCGGUGUCUUGCGUGAGUUGGCGCCCGAUCAUCACCCUGAGGCCUUCCAGGAACCCAUUCAACCCUGGAAUCGCUGUUCAGACUGAGGACCUUGUCAUUGGUGAUGACACUGGCGUGAUUUACUACUACGUGGUAGAGUGGCCAAUGGGCUGGGAGGUGACACGAGACACCUGGCCGGGAACCAUAUAUCUUAUUGCCAAAGUUUCACUUCACAGCCAGCAAAUAUGCGGCCUGUCUUGGUCGCCCAACGGGAGAUUCUUCGCCUCCGGUGGAAAUGAUAACUUGUGCUGUCUCUUUGAUAUAGACACCGUGCUUAUCGAGAAGCAAGAGUCUGAGGAUGCAGCCAACGUUCGACCUGCGAGGCCAUCGCCCAUGGCGAUUCGGAGGUUGGGCCCUGGGUCGGAGAAACAUCGCUGGAUACACAAAGCUGCAGUCAAGGCCAUUGCAUUCUGCCCAUGGCGCGAAGGACUGGUUGCAACGGGUGUUUCAGCUCAGGUGACGGCUCUCAUAUGGUCGUCGACCAGACGCGAGAUUGCCGCUACUUUUGGUUAUACAGAGCCCGAACAUCCCUAUCGGAUAGCCGUGUUUAGCUGGCCAGAAUGCAGGCAAGUGGCGGCGAUCCCAUGGGACGGAGAUCUUCGAGCAUUGUAUGCCAUCCCGUAUCCUCGGUGGCCAGCCAAGACCAAGGCCACGAAUCGCGAUCAAAAACUUCGCGACGGAUGCAUUGUUGUUGCCUCGAGCGACAAGAGUGUCAAAUUCCACGAGAUCUGGUGCAACGAAGGAAAGAUGCCAGGGGGAGGAACAGGGAUGCUAGGGGGCAGCAGCGUACUCGAAAGUCUUGAGGGCAUUGACAAGGAGGGUGAUGUGAUUCGUUGA